AUGGCUAUCAUCCCGCCUACCAGAAUGUCCUGCUUGACUGAGCCGCCCAGUGACAUGCAAAAAAAUACUCAUGCAGAACUGGCAGGUAUUGAGGCCACUGCCGCCAAUACAACAAACCCUCUAGUGACCAGAGAUACCAUCAACAUUGAUACCUAUGUUCAUGUUGUGGCUGCCUCUACCCGUGCCAGCGAUGGCUACCUUUCUCGAGACACCGUUAAUGAACAAAUUAGCAUUCUGAACGAAUGGUUUGCCGACACUGGCUUCCAGUACACACUCAAAAAGACUGACUGGACUGUCAACUCUAACUGGGCCUACAACGGGGACCAACUUGGCAUGAAGAGGAGGCUUCGCAGGGGCAACUACCGCAGCCUGAAUCUCUACUACAUCACCAACAUUGGCAAUGGAAAUACAGGGUUUUGUCAAUACCCUGUUACUACAUAUACCGGUACCGAUGCCUUCUACUAUGAUGGUUGUGUUAUGAGCGCCUGGACUGCUCCAGGUGGUGUUUCUCCAAGCGGAAGCACCACCUACACCACUGGCAAGAUUACGGUUCAUGAGGUUGGUCACUGGAACAACCUUAUUCACACCUUUUAUGGAAAUGACUGCAGCGGCCCUGGUGACUAUGUCGACGAUACUCCCGCUGAAGCCAGCCCUGCGUAUGGCUGCCAGGAAGGACGUCGCAGCUGCCCUGGCCAGCUCGGCCCGGACCCUGUCUACAACCACAUGGACUAUUCCGACGACAACUGCAAGAGCGAGUUUACUCCAGGCCAGAUUGCGCGUAUGAGGAGCAGCUACGACUACUACCGUCGCUACUCUCGCUAA